CAGCAGUGGUGGCCCUAAGUUUUGUGUGUCUUGUGUGAUAAGCCAGCCUGACCAUUUCAGAGGCAGAUUUAGUGUAUAAGACGGAUAAUGCCUUAUCCGGUUCCAAACGGAGGAGCACCUGUGCGACUAUAAAGAAAUGCUGCCGGUAACUGUGGCGUGGUAGGAAGAGGCCACGUUGGAGGCAGGUAGGCAGCCUGGGCUUGUUUUCCAGCUCCCCUCUCUUCCCUAGCUCUGUGACCCAGGCUUUGUUUUCUUUGUUUGUAAAUUAAAGAUAUUAGCCACCCAGGGGAGGAUCAGCAUUAAAUAAGACACAACAACAAUACAUGGAAUCAACCUGUUAUGCAUGAAAUGCUCACGGUGAGGACGGCGUCUUCUCCUGUGAGGGACUGCGAAUCGGGACUGUUGUCUCACCAUGAGCAUCACCCCAGAGGUCAAGAGUCAUGGGAUGAAGUUUGCUGAGAAGCAGCUGCUGAAGCAUGGAUGGACGCAAGGCAAAGGCCUGGGCCGGAAGGAGAAUGGCAUCACCCAGGCCCUCAAGGUGACACUGAAGCAGGACACUCACGGGGUGGGACAUGACCCUGCCAAGGAGUUCACAGACCACUGGUGGAAUGAGCUGUUCAACAGGACUGCAGCCGGCCUGGUUGUGGAAACUGGGCAGGAUGGAGUACGGCUAAGGCAUCUCUCUAAGGAGACCACCCGCUGUAGUCGUCCCAAGCCCAACAUGCUGUAUCAGAAGUUUGUGAAGACGGCCACACUGACGUCAAGUGGGGAGAAGCCAGACAAGGACUUGGAGAGUGACAGUGAUGACGACAACCAGGGACCCAAGCCUCCGAAGAUUCUGACCGACGAGAUGCUGCUGCAGGCCUGCGAAGGGCGCACGGCACACAAGGCCGCUCGUCUCGGGAUCACCAUGAAGGCUAAGCUUGCCCGGUUGGAGGCCCAGGAGCAGGCGUUCCUGGCUCGUCUCAAAGGCCAGGACCCUGGGACCCCUCACCUGCAGUCGGAGAGCAAGCCCCCGAAAAAAAAGAAGAAGAAAAAGAAGCAGAAAGAGAGAGAUGCCAUAGCAACAGCCAGGAAAGCAGAAGAAGAGUGUGGGGGGGACGCAAGCCAGGCUGACGGGAGAAGCAGGAAGACGACCAGACAGAAGCCAGAAGCUGUGGUGGCAGAGGAGCAGGAGGGAGCGGCGGUGGGGGGUGCGGACAGGGGGACCGCAGGGGCGAGUGGACCCGCAGAGCAGGAGAGCAGGGAACGAGCUGAUGAGCGCCACAGGAAGAGAAAGAGGAGGCAGCACCGCGCAGAGGAGCCGGGGGUCCCAGGUGGAGGGGCCCGAGGUCAGGAGGCUGAAGCCAGCGCUGGGACGGAGCAGGCAGAGAGCGGCACAUGUGCCAAGCUACGGCGCAGACACAAGAGACGGCGGCGGCCGGAGGAGGGGGACGUGCAUGCUGAGGACGCGGUGCAGGGGGCUGCUGUGGACGGUGGGGCCCGGGAGGCAGCAAGCAGAGCGCACAGGGAGGGGAGGAGCAGGAAAAGCAAGAAGAGGAGACCGCGGCCCGAGGAGGAGGAGGAGGAGGAUGUAAGGGAUGAAGGGGCCGAGGAGGGAUGAGGCGGGACUCGGGACGGGAGCGGGGCUCGCACCGGCCCAGGCAGCCGCGGCGCGCGGAGGCCGCGGGGACCAGCUGCUGCCGUCGGCCAUGACGGAGAGUGAGAAGCAGAACAGACUGUGAAGGUCAGGCCCGUGUGGGGCUCCACGAACCCCCUUCUGAGGAGCUGCAGACUCGGACCCGAGUUGACCGGGUCUCCUACGCCCUCCGGAGGAGGCGGACCAGUGAACUCCAGCUGCUCAGAGCCGGGUGUGGGCAGCGUCCCCUGAAGCUUCUAACCUGGGGAGGGAGAGCUCGGGCUGCGGGCAGACAGGGCCGCUGCAGACGCAGGCCGCCGGCCCCGCAGACUAGAGUAAACCAGUCCGCGCCAGCCUGUGUGAGCUUCCUGCUUCUCCACUCCCAGCCGGGGAACCUCUGAAUACAGCUCAGGGGUUCCUUGGA